GAUCGAAGCCUUGCAUAUGUCCGUUUCGAACUCUCAAGGAUCAAACACUCUCACGCACAAGAGAAAGUCAGGGCCGUAUGGGAGGAAGUAGAUGCUCUGGAGGACCUCCUAUACGAUUGGCGUAAAGCCUAUCCAGAUAAUACAUCGCCCAUUAAAAUCAACAAUACAAAUGCUUUCGUAAGACCUGAGGAGAAGUUGAAUACAGCCACCCUUAUUACAUAUACCAUUGCUCUUGUAAAUCGAGUAUUUGAGGGAGCAGCACGCCGCGGUUCCGGGGUGCUGCUCAAAAUGCUGAAGUUGUUUGGGUAUUCCAUUGUUUCACUUGCAGGACAACCGAAUUACAUUCAAAGGAAGGCUCUCAAUGAUAUUCCGGAAUCGAUUGAAACUGUAGAAAAGGCUCUGAAUCUGGAAGUUCCGAGCAUUCCUUAUGCUGUGUGCCCUCGUUGCAGCUUUACGCACGCCCCCACAUACCCUAAUGGGUGUUCUGAUCCUGUUUACCCGACCCAUUGCGGCGAACGUCUGACCAAACUCUCAGAGCCGUGUAUGGAACUCCUAUUGCAGGAAGGAAAACCAAUCAAGACUUAUCAUGCCUACUCUUUCUAUGAAUGGUUUGGCCGAUUCAUUGCACACCCAGAAAUAGAGCAGUAUGGAGAUCGCUUCUGCGAUGACAUUACCUCGUCCGAGAAAAUCCCUGAUGUAAAACGGGAUAUCAAAGACGGCUCGUUCAUACACACCUUCAGGGGGCACGACGGGAAACUAUUUCUUGCCGAUCGAGGAAGCGAGGGAAGAUGGCUCUUCCUUCUCCAUGCCGACUUCUUCAACGUCGAGGGAAAUCGAAUUCGAGGAAAGACAAGGUCGACAGGCAUCACAUCUUUAGUAUGCCUCAAUCUGCCCCUGACCAUGCGCAAUGACCCAGCGUGGAUUUUCAUUCCUGGUCUCAUCCAAGGAAAAACCGAGCCUGAUGCUAAGAAUGCAGAACAUCGUCACUACUGGCGUCUCCUCAUUGACGAGUUCUCCGCUGGCUACUCACGUGGAUUGCAACCUUAUCACACUUAUCGAACUCAUUGCAAUGGUCAGGGGCUCAAUGAACGUGUAUUCAGAGUCGCUAUUGCAGGCGUACUGAUGGACUUCAAGGCUGCACGUCCAUUUGCCGGCUUUCUCGACGUCACUUCUCACCACACUUGCUUCUUGUGCAAGUGUUGGCAUCGUGCUCAUCUUGGAAGAACCGAUUAUGAGAACUGGGAAACUGCAGCCGUUGAGUUUCUGAAAGAAGGAGCCGAGGCAUGGUGUAACGCAAAAACACCUAAAGAUCGCGAGGAAGUCGAAUUUUUCUACGGCACCCGAUAUUCUGAGCUCUGGCGUCUACCGUAUUGGAAUCCCAUAAAACAAUUAAUGGUCGAUCCUAUGCAUAUCUUGUUUCUCAUUCUGAUGCAAAGGUUUGCUCGAGAGGUCUUGGGCCUCGAUAACCCAGAUUCUAGUGACGGAGAACCUAAAAAGUCGACAACGGAGAAGAAAAAUCAGAAAAAAAAAUCCUUCGUUUCUUUCUAUCAUGAUUUUACUCCACCCCCCCAUUCAUCCGAACUCGCUUCUAUAAUCCAAGCUACCCCAAUUAUGACGGGGAAUUUGGGAUUAGACCAACCUGAAGCCUCAGAUCAAAGACUUUCCAUUCGAGGGGAUCCUAGAGCCUUCCAAGGAAUAUCUGACCUCCACUAUUUAUUGUCUCGGGGCCUUCCAGCUUCCAAUGUUGAUCGCGAUCGUCUUCGGAAACGGUUGGGAAAAUUCAAAUGGGUUGUCCUGGCCUAUGUAUGUAAUGACUUGAUGGAGAUACCAGACACGAAGGAGGAAAUACGAUCCCAAACUCGCUUUCAUUCCAGAGGUCAAAAAGGUAUCAGUCGGCGAGAGUUCGGAGAUUCCUUGUACCGCUGGCGCCUGACCAAACCUUUAGAGCCGUUGCCACGAGUGGUUAUUGCUUCGGAUAAGGUUCUGCAGACAGUUCAAAAAGCGAUCCGCGAAAUCAGUGUGCCCUCCUGGAUUGUCCGUCCACCAUCCGAUAUGGGGCUUCCGCAGGCAGGCACUCUAAAAGCUGAUCAUUGGCGAGUUCUGUUCAACAUCCACCUACCCUUAGCUCUGAUUAGCAUGUGGGGCAAAGGUUCUCCUUCUGCAGUAGAUAAUGCAGCCGAUAUGGUUCCUGUCUUGGAGACUUCCAUGCAUCUAACCUGUGUCUCCAUUUUGAUGACUCGGAAUAGUUUAUCCCCCAAAACCCGCGAUCAAUUUAGAUCCUCUCUGAGGGAACAUAUCCUCGGAUUGAAACAGAUCUUUCCAGGUUUCAUUCUACCUACACAUCAUUUGGCAUUCCACAUAUACGACUUCAUGGAGAGCUUUUCUACUGUACGCAAUUGGUGGGGAUUCCCAUUUGAGAGACUGAUCGGUAAAGUACAAAGGAUGCCCACAAAUCAUAAGAUUGGUCAAUUAGAAUUCACCUUAUUGCGGCUGUUCUUCAAGGGUGCCUUAUUUCGUCGUUGGCUCAUGCGACCAGAUUGUCCCGACCUCCUCAAAUUUUGUAAAGAUCUUCUGGAUAAAGCAUAUGGUUAUAACAGUAUCGAGAUGGAUGAUAACGAAAACGCCGAGCUGGGCGACUCUGGGGUCACGGAAAUCAUGGACGGUAAAAGGAACGACCGCCCGCCACCUGGCCACAAGGUGAUAUCAGGACUGGUGCAACUUCCUUUGAAGCUCGCGAAGCAAACGGGGAAUAUCCAGCCACGAUGCUACUCGCAGAUUCCUGCGGUUAAGGGCUUUUACAGCAUCCCUAGUCUUGUUGUUGGGAAUAGCUAUGUCUGUUACUAUCAGACGAAAGGAGUUCAGGAAUCGUGGCUCGCAGGACAAAUCCAGUAUAUCUUCGAACACGAAGGGAAGACCAAAUUAGCCAUCAAACCAAGUAAACCAUGUCCUCGAGACUGUGAUCCUUUCGCGCAAUUUGUUGAUCGAGGGUUUGACUGUAGAACAGUAUCUUCCCAAUUCUUUGACCGAUAUGAUGUUGUCACAGUAGAUGCAGUUGUGGGACACACAGCGAGGUGGAAAAUUCAGGCAGACUGUGUGGUAGUGCUGUCUCUCGGGCGGGUGAGUUGCCUGUUCUUAUUUGUCUCAAGCCAAGAUUGGGAGUACUGA